AAGGACAGUCUUCACUCUUUACUUUUUGAGCCAUUGCUUCUGUCUAUGGAUUCUUAAUUUUUUUAAAAGACUUAUUUUAUGUGGACGUGCCUAUCUGUGUAGUGCCCUCCGAUACCAGAAGAGGACUUUGGAUCCCUUGGAGAUAGAGUUGCAACAAGUUGUGAGUCACUCAGUAUGGUUGCUGGGAUCUGAACUGUUUCCCAGGAAUGACCAGCAAACAAACUCAACUACUGAGCCAUCUCUCCAGCCCCCCAAGAAAUAUUUUAAUGGUUAAGAUGAUGACGUAGAUAAGAGGGCAAUAGUGUAAGGUUGUAGCUAUUGGUUGUGUAUUAUCCCAACAGCACCCGAAAGGAAAACAGUGACGCAAAUCGAGACACAGAGUGAGGUCUCAGCUCCUGAUAGGUCUGUAGAAUGGGGCUGAGCUUGGUUUUUAAGAAGGUAAGCAUUUUUCUCUCUUGUCUGAAAAGAGCUCUCAUGUCUUCUCAUGCUUUGCAGAUACAAGAGAUCUUAUCGUGGGGUGCUCUUGAAGCAACACUACAUUAUGGACUGUCCCUUAGCAGCUGCCAGGAAAGGCGGCAGCCCCAGUGGGGCAGGAGCAGGAAGCCUUGCUUCCUGCUGCUGCCUCUAGUGGUCUCAAGAGCACUCUCUUUAGAGUCCUGUGCUCCGGUGAGGCUAGGGUUCUCAGCUACAGAAAGGAGUUUCAGGAUGAAUCAGUAUGAUGCAUAUUUGGAGUUUAUUACGAGAUUUUAUAGAUUUUAGCCUGAGAGUUAAUAGGAAAGAGGUGCUUAGGAGGAGAGCCACAGAUCAUGGGUGUGGAAUUCUCAAGAGAGUGGGUGCCAUUGAAGACUGGAAUAAAGAAAGCAUCAUGCCCUGCUGUGUCCUCCAGCUUGGAGACAUCAUCGAUGGCUACAAUGCACAGUAUAAAGUAUCGGAAAAGUCUCUAGAAGUUGUCAUGAACACAUUCAAAUUACUUAAAGCCCCAGUUCACCACACAUGGGGAAACCAUGAAUUCUAUAACUUCAGUAGAGACUUCUUAACAAACUCCAAACUUAACAGCAAGUUUCUAGAAGACCGAAUUGUGCAGCAUCCUGAGACCAUGCCAUCAGAGAACUAUUAUGCUUAUCACUUUGUACCGUUCCCUAAAUUCCGGUUCAUUUUACUUGAUGCUUAUGACCUGAGUGUCUUGGGCAUAGAUCAGUCUUCUCCAAAAUAUGAGCAGUGUAUGAAGAUGCUGAGGGAACACAACCCAAAUGUGGAGUUAAAUAGUCCCCAAGGACUUUCUGAGCCCCAGUAUGUCCAGUUUAAUGGAGGAUUCAGCCAAGAACAGCUGAACUGGUUGAAUGAAGUUCUUACGUUCUCUGACCUGAACGAGGAAAAGGUGGUGAUCGUGAGCCAUCUUCCCAUUUACCCAGAGGCCUCUGACAGCGUGUGCCUGGCUUGGAACUACGAGGACGCCCUGUCAAUCAUAUGGUCUCACAAAUGUGUGGUGUGUUUCCUUGCCGGUCACACACAUGACGGUGGUUACUCUGAGGACCCUUUUGGUGUGCACCACGUCAACCUUGAAGGAGUUAUUGAAACAGCUCCAGAUAGCCAGGCCUUCGGCACAGUUCACGUCUACCCUGACAAAAUGCUUCUGAAAGGGAGAGGCAGAGUUCCAGACAGAGUUAUGAACUACAGAAGGGAGUAGGCUUUGUGUUUGUAGUCUAUUAUCUUGCCUGUCUUUGUAGAAAGAGAAUGCUGCUGUUUUGUAUUUACUCGAUUGCAUAAAAAGUUAAAUUCUCACUGGGGGCGGGGUGGUGGUGGUGCAUGCCUUUAAUCCCAGCACUUGGGAGGCAGAGGCAGGCAGAUCUCUGAGUUUGAGGCCAGCCUGGUCUACAGAGUGAGUUCCAGGAUAGCCAGGGCUAUUAACACAGAGAAACCCUGUCUUGAAAACAAACAAACAAAAAAGGCUAGAUUCUCAGUUCCUUUCUUAAGUAUUCUGUUUGUGUACAAAGUGGAUUUGUGGCUUUCAGUAUGUGUGAGUGAAGAUGAAAUUCAGAAGUGUUGUUUUUAGAUAAUAUAUCCAAGCCCCAACAGCUAGACGUAAAGUAAACCAGGAAGGAGACUCAUGGGUAUAUAGUCUGAUAAGGGACUGUAUACAGCCUAAUUUGAAUUUCUUCUUUUUGUGCAAGGAAUAUGUGCACUUGUGUUAACUCUAGAACUUCAUACAUGAAAGCCCAGGCAAGUUUGCCUUGCUUCCCCGCUGUGUGGACCAUUUUAGUUUAGAACACCUAUACUUAGAUAAAGGUGACAUUCCUGUUCUGUGAAGAAAAACUGAGAAGUUAUUUCAGGUAAAAGCAUGGUGCUUCCAUCUCAGAAGGGCCUUCAGGGAAGUGCUAAGUGACACCAGGACCAAGUGCUGAGUGCUGGCUGGCCUGCUCUGUUUGAAAUACCCAGUACUCUGUGGGACCACACUAUAUAAAAUGGUUUAUUUUUUACUUCUUCUCUAGACAGAUGGAGCCCAUUUAACUCCACUUUUGCUUGUAUCAAAGCUUUAUCUGCAGAAAGUCUUGACAGCAAACAGACCAUUGAUGAAUAGAGUUUGAUUCAAGGCUGAAGAAUAGAAAUACUAGUCAAUGUAAGUACCUGUGAAGUGCUUACCGGAAAACAGCUACAUUGUCUGUGAAUGCACCAGUGAAUUCUUGGCAUAGGUGGUGACCACCACGUGUAUUUGUUCUCAGGUCAUCCUAAAGGUCAGGAUUCUGAAACCAUUUCAUCAGGCUGCAAACAAAGUGUUUGUUGGUGUAGCCACAUUUCAGUGGGAUGCUCUGGGUAGAGUCCUCUUUCUUACCUCUUCCAGCCUCUUCAGGUGCACUUGGGCAUUGCUUGACCCUCUGGGUAGUCUAAGCUCCUGUCCAUGUCAGGAUUCAGGAUUCUUUUUUUUUCUUUUCUUUUUUCUUUCUUCCUUUUUUUUUUUUUGUUUG